CCCACAAUCGGGGGGAAGAAAAUCACAAGAGAAAUUGCGUAUUCACCUCCCAACACGUUUACAAUGGCCUGUGGAUCCGGUUGUUGCGGUCCUCCACAGGAACAGGCUGUCGCAAGAGACGGCACGGCUCCGGUCGCCUCGCCCCCAGAUGAGUUAGACUGCGACGACCCUGGUGUUGUCGACACCUGCUGCGAGGGCGGAGGAGACGAUUCAAAGGUUGUCUUCGAAACCAAGGGGGACGACGAAUGCAAAAUGACCGAUCAUGGAAGAGACAAGGACUCCGGAAACAGGGCCAUCUACCAGUGCUGCGCCGCGUCCAUUGACGGCAGCAUUGGUCCAGCACAAGCUGAGGACGAUUGUUGCGCUCCAGAGGUCAAUGUUGACGACUGUGUGAACGUUUGCUGCGGAUCUAACAACGAACACUUUACUGGAAUCAGCGCUAAAGACAACAACAUCGCCGAGCCUGCCAACAAGUCCGCAAACAUAUUUUCUGGCGUUGGAUGCCAGUCAGGACAAGACGACCUCGCCUUAAAGUCAAUUGUGGAGUCAAGCAAUACUUCUGAGUUCAAUCAGGACUCCUGUGCUCCGAAGCCCGAGGACUGCUCGCCAGGAUGUUGUAGCCCAGCCAAGGGCAAAAGAUCAAUCGACAGCCUUGAGACCACAUCAAAUGGAGCAAUCGCGGGCAGGGCAAUUUUGGUGACUGAAUCUGGUGGUGACGAAGCUAUUCAGAUCUGCUCUGAAGAUGGAAUAAAGGGCUGUUGCUCCUCUGGUCCUACAACUGACGUUUGUGGAGAGAAGACACCCAGCUGUUGUGAGGGCAAGACAUCCCCUUGCUGUGACUAUACUUGCAUCGAUCGCCUCGCUCUCCGCGAAUGCGCUGGGGGAAAGGAUUUAAAGCUUCGUCAAUCGUACCAAGCCUCCACUGACAACAUUUGCACCGGUGGCCAAGACGGGAAGGCGUGCCGAGGCCACUCCCGAAGUGUACGUGAGAUUUAUCAGUCAAAGCUCGAUGCCUUGGGCUGUAUCUGCCGUGCGCUUUUGGCUCUCGGUCAGGAAUCUUGCUGUGCUCCACGUGAGCGCUCCUCCACCGAAAGGAAGCGAUCUUUAAAGAAGUCCACGUCUUUUCAUCGCACUUCGGUUGACUCCUGUCGCGCUUCCGGGGUGGACAAAUCUGCUUCCCGUCAGACGGCAAGAAACUGCGGCAAAAAAACAACUCGCAGCUCAACUUCUGGCAUUAAAUUAAGUGCAUGUAAUGAUGGCUGCUGCUCGAAACCCAAGCAGAGCAUUGUUGAAUCAUGUGCCGACUCCUGUUGCGACCCGUCGCCGUCAAAACCUAUCAACCAGUCGCUGCCGCCUGAGUCGAAGGUUAUCAACGGGGAUCUUGAGCAAGGCCUGGUUGGAAAGGAACACGUCGUACUGAGCAUUUCUGGCAUGACUUGCACUGGAUGCGAAACCAAGCUCAAGCGAACUCUGGCCACGAUGAAUGCAGUCAGAAACCUGAAGACCAGCCUGGUAUUGGCUAGGGCUGAAUUCGACUUGCAGACUGGUGCCGGUUCGGUGGAUGAAGUCAUCAGACAUCUCGAACGAACCACUGAGUUCAAAUGCGAAAAGAUCACCACGCAGGGUGCUGCCAGUGUCGACAUCCUCUGCCCUGGCGAUCCCCGAGAUUUCAUUAAUAAGCCAUGGCCCAAUGGUGUCACGGACAUUCGCAUCAUAGACAAGGCCAGUGUUCAUGUAGAAUUUGACGCGAAGGUCGUUGGGGCCCGCGUUCUGGUCGAAACGGGCUGGGGAACGCCUCUUACAUUGGCGCCACUUCGAGCGGACCCUUCGUUGGAGGCCGGAAGCAAGCACAUUCGCAACAUGGGAUGGUUCACUUUGCUUUCAACUAUCCUGACCAUUCCCGUUCUCAUUAUGGCCUGGGCACCUCUUCCAAAGAGAGAAAUAGCUUAUGGCUCGGCAUCGCUGGCCUUGGCGACCAUUGUACAAGUCGCAAUUGCUGGGCCCUUCUAUCCAAAAGCUCUGAAGAGUCUGAUCUUUUCAAGAGUUAUUGAGAUGGAUCUGUUGAUUGUUCUAAGCACAAGUGCUGCAUACAUCUUCUCUGUUGUGUCAUUUGGGUUUCUUGUCUCUCGGAAGCCUGUUUCGACUGGAGAAUUUUUCGAAACGAGCACCCUUCUUGUGACGCUCAUCAUGGUUGGUCGGUAUGUGAGCGCUCUAGCGCGACAAAAAGCCGUCGAAUCUAUCUCAAUACGAUCCCUUCAGAUCUCAACGGCUCUGAUUGUAAACUCAGGUGGCGAAGAUGAGGAGAUUGACGCCCGCCUCCUUCAGUAUGGAGACAUUUUCAAGGUCGUCCCAGAUUCUCGAAUUCCUACCGAUGGGACGAUUAUCUCAGGUUCCUCGGAAAUUGAUGAGUCAAUGAUGACCGGAGAAUCAAGACGCAUCGAAAAGUCCACCGGAUCUUCGGUCAUUGCUGGCACUAUGAACGGCUCUGGCGCUCUUACCGUUCGUCUGACUAGGCUUCCAGGCAGUAACACCAUCAGUAAUAUCGCCGGAAUGGUCGACGAGGCUAAGCUUUCUAAGCCAAAGAUCCAGGACGUUGCUGACAGAGUCGCGUCAUAUUUCGUACCGGUAGUUGUGGCCAUCACUAUCAUAACUUUCUCGAUUUGGAUCGCUGUUGGUAUUGCGGUUCGCAAGCAGAGUGGCUCUGAAGCAACUAUCCAGGCAGUCAUGUACGCCAUCACCGUCCUCAUUGUAUCUUGCCCAUGCGCUAUAGGCCUCGCAGUACCCAUGGUCAUUUUAAUUGCCAGUGGUGUAGCUGCCGAAAAGGGUGUCGUCUUCAAAUCUGCGGACAGCAUUGAGCUUGCGUAUAAGACUUCGCACGUUGUCUUUGACAAAACCGGGACCCUUACAACUGGAAACCUCAGAGUUGCGCAUGAAGCAUACUUUACAGAAGAUCAAGAGACCAUCAGAUCGGUGCUUCUUGGCCUUGUUGGCACCAUUAAACACCCAGUCUCUGUUGCCAUUUUCACUCAUCUAGUGGCACACGUUGGUGCCCCUACGACUGUUACGGAUCUGAAGGCCAUAACAGGCAAGGGUGUGGAGGCGAAACUCGACGGAGUCACUCUUCGAGCUGGCAACUCGCGUUGGCUUGGUCUUUCUAACGACCCCAGAGUCCAAUCAGUUCUGUCCAAGAGCUAUACAGCCUUCUGUUUCACUGUGGACAACUCCUUGGUUGCCGUCUUUGGCCUCGAAGACUCUAUCCGCACAGAUGCUCUCGAGACAAUCUCCAAUCUACAGGCUUCCGGAAUUUCUGUUCACAUCCUCUCCGGAGACGAUGAUGGUGCCGUUCGAACAGUGGCUUCACGAUUGAGAAUCCCUGAUCUCAAUGUUCGUUCCCGAUGCACCCCCGGAGACAAGCAAGAGUAUAUCCAGAACCUACUGUCUCAACCUUUGUUAGACGCCGGCCGAGUCAGAGCGAAGAAUGCGAAAGAGCCCGUCGUCAUCUUCUGUGGCGAUGGUACUAACGACGCAGUUGCACUGGCCCAGGCCACCAUUGGCGUGCACAUGAGCGAGGGAACAGACGUCGCAAAGUCCGCCGCGGACGUAGUUCUCAUGCAUCCGAGCCUUGCAGGGAUUCUCACCAUCAUUGCCAUUAGCAAGAAAGCUAUCCACAGGAUCGCCUUCAACUUUGGCUGGAGCUUCGUAUACAACUUGUUUGCCAUUCUCCUAGGCGCUGGCGCGUUUGUCAACGCCAGGAUUCCGCCCGAAUUUGCGGGCCUGGGUGAACUAGUCAGUGUUCUUCCAGUCAUCGCCGCCGCGGUACUUUUGCGAUGGACCGCCAUCUAGCCGUCUAUCGUUACAUGCUGGACCAAUGUGGGCGAUGCGCUCCGGGGAGGACGCGUGAUGCUGAUGGGCGGGCGCUUGAGGAUGUGCGUCGGGGCAUAUUCAACAUCUGCCACAAGAAUAGUCUCUCUUUGCUUUUGGAUGCUUGGAAUUUCUGUUUCAUUGGUUCGUGAUUUCUUGGUAUCGCAAAGUGUUGCCACUACCGGUUCGAGGAUCGAGUCAACUGCUCUCUUUCGCAUUCGUCUGCAAGCACGCGUGUAUCGUGCCCUUCUUCGCUAACCUCUGGCCAAGGAGUUGUAGAGGCACGGCUCCGUGUGCCCCAUCGCAGUCUCAGCUCUCAGAUCUCACUUUCAACUGACAUGAUCUAUGUGUAAGCUACUUGCACAACAAGUGUGGGCCAGGGGGGGUACCAUAUCCGCUCUCCUUAGAUCGUUGGCGAUUC